CACGAAAGUUAUUUCAAUUGAGAUAUCAGUACCUAUGAAGUACCACUGUACAAGAGUCUUCACCUUAUGCUAAUGCCGGAUUUAAUUUCACUGCUGGUCCUACUGCUAGAGAUAGUUUCUGGGGAUAUGUCAUAGUCAUAAGUACCAGUUUCAUGCGAUCUUAUAGUCGUCCAUCAAACUGGGGCCCAAAAUGUGAAGACGAAUUGUAUGUUGGUGCUCAGUACCAUAAUCGGAAUUUAUUUCGGCUGCUUCGGGACCAAGCAAUCCACCAUCAGGGAGUACCUCAUGGGAGGCAAAAACAUGAAAGUUAUUCCGAUAGCGGUAUCAGUAGCAGUGAGCCAUAUUUCAGGUACCUUGCUUCUAACAUCGGUGGCGGAUGUGUACAGAUACGGAGCUAGCGUCUGGUUAUACGUUGUGGCGUACACAAUAAUGGGUUUUCUUGCUACUUAUGUUUACCUUCCGGUGUUCUUCAAAAUGCAAGUAACCAACAUUUACGAGUACUUGGAGAAAAGAUUUGAUAAGAAGACUCGAAUGAUAGGGUUUGUGUUUUAUGUAUUGUCCGAAAUUUUCACGUUUCCGGUACAUGCGUAUGCGCCAUCUUUGACUUUUGCUACAGCUACUGGAAUUGAUGUUAAUUUGGUUGCUACCGUCUUGUGUUUGGUUUGUGUUUUUUAUACGUCGAUAGGGGGUCUGAAGACUGUUAUUUGGACGGAUUUUCUUCAGUUCGCAGUUAUACUAACCUGUCUUUUGACUGUUUUUGUGACGGGUCUUGAUGCGUCUGCCGGAAUAUCAUCAGUUUGGAAUACAGCAGUGGAUGGUCAAAGACUACAUGUUUUUAACUUCACUAUAGACCCCUCAGCAAGAGAUAGCUUUUGGGGAUACAGCAUCGGUUGUACUACGAUCGCCACCACCUUAAUAAUCGUCCACCAAACCGGUGCCCAAAAAUUUCUAACUUUACCAACAUUCAAGGAGUGCAAACAGGCAGUUAUAUGCACUGUGUUCAACAUGUGUUUAGUACAGACAUUCGGUGUUGCCAUUGGUUUGCUAACUUAUUCCAGGUACAAAGACUGUGAUCCUCUAACUAGCAAAAUAGUGUCAAAACACGACCAACUCUUGCCGUAUUUCAUAACGGACAUCGGUGCUAGCAUUCCAGGAAUCUCUGGUCUUUUUGUAGCUACUAUUGCAAGUGCAUCUCUCAGUUCCAUGUCAUCCAACCUAAACGCUUUGUCUGGUGUCUUGUACAAAGACCUCGUAUGCUUAUUUUUAAAAGAUAAAUCUACAGAAAAACGGGGUAGCAACAUCCUGAAAGCGAUAGUACUCGUGGUUGGAGUUUUCUGUACAUGUUUGGUUUUUGCGGUGGACAAACUUGGAGAAGUACUGUCUGUUACUUUGACGGUUUGUGGAAUUACACAAGGACCUUUGCUUGGCGUUUUUACACUAGGAGCUCUUUUUCCGUCAGCUAACCACCAUGGAGCUUUCUACGGUAUUGUUGCGGGUUUUCUAGCAGUGGCAGGUGUAGCACUUCCUGGCAAGUACUACCAGUUGAAAGGAGCGAUUAAAAAUCCUACGAAACCACUUUCGAUUACUGGGUGUGGUGUACUCAAUCAGAAUUCGAGUACUUCGUACCACAUAUCUUCCAACACAACUUCCACAAUACAAUUUCCACAAGUACCUAUGAUUUUCAGAAUAUCUUUCUAUUAUUACGUACUGAUUGGAUGCGUUGUGACUGUAAUUGUUGGUUUAAUCAUUAGCUGCAUGACCAAACGAAACUCUCCAACCGACAAGGACCACGUAAGUCCUGUCGUACAACUCUGUCUUUCCAAAAAAUAUGAAGACAAAAAGGGAGUACCGUACAGAGAUGUAGAAGAGGCGUUAGAAAUUCUCGAAGAAUAAAACUGUUUCGUUACCCAA